UCAUUCUCCUCUCUUUGUUCCAUCAUAAAGAAAAAACUUUUACCUUUGUUUUUGUUUGUGCCUUUUUUCUUCACCUUUGGGGUCUCCUUGAGGAGAGGGGAAGAAGAAGAAGAAGAACAAGGAGGACCCCACCACGCACACAAACAAACACAAAACACAUUCACACCAAUUUCAAACCCUUCUUCAUUUUCCUUGAUCCUUCCUCAUCAUAAGGGUUUAUCACUUUUGUUGUUAAUUACUUCAAUUAUUUUUCUUUCUCAAUUUUUUUCUUCAGCCCCCAAAAACUCUUCCACGUUUGUUUCCUCUAUUUUGACUUUCAAAUCGUCUGCGUGCGUGCGCUUCCACUUUCUUCUCCUUUCAAUCCUUCAAUCAAUCCUUGCAAAUGUCAAUCAUCUUCACUCUUCGCCUCCCAACUCGUUUUUGAAUCGUUCCACCACUUUUUCGUACUCGCUUCUUUCUUUCCCUUAAUACGCACCCCAAAAAAGCAAUUUUUUUUUCUUCUUUCUACAGAAAAGAGCCAAAUUGUUGUAAUUACACACCUUGCAAUUUAUUAGAUCAUCACACGCUUGUUUCCUUCAAUUGAGUCUUGAUUCUUCCGCCGUUUGUUAAAAGGAAGAAAAUUUUUUGUUCUUGGUAUGAAGUUGUAGUGAUUCUUUUUUGAGUGAGUAGAUGGGUUGGCUUAGCAGAAUUUUCAAAGGGACUGAGCAGAAGAUUUCGGAGGGCCAUUAUAGUAAAGAGGAUGCUGGUUAUUAUUUGCCAUCGACUUCGGGGGUAACAACAAAUGAUGUUUGGAACCAGAACGAGAAUGAGGAUAUAGAUCGUGCUAUUGCACUGUCGCUGGUGGAAGAGAGCGAGAGAACACACAAUGUAAAUGACAACAGAUCACAGUUAGAAGAAGAUGAACAACUUGCCAGAGCUUUAGAAGAAAGUCUAAACGUGGACUCUCCUCCCAGAUAUGGAAAUGAAAAUGCGUUUCAACCAAUUCAGUAUUUCCCCAUGGGGUCCAGGAUUUGUGCUGGCUGCUAUACUGAGAUUGGUUAUGGGCGAUAUCUUAAUUGCUUGAACGCAUUCUGGCAUCCUGAAUGCUUCCGCUGCCGAGCUUGCAACCUACCAAUCUCUGAUUAUGAGUUCUCCACAUCUGGGAAUUACCCUUACCAUAAAUCAUGUUAUAAGGAAAGCUACCACCCAAAAUGUGAUGUCUGCAAGCACUUUAUUCCAACAAAUCCUGCUGGUCUUAUUGAAUAUAGGGCACAUCCAUUCUGGGUCCAGAAAUAUUGCCCUUCUCAUGAACAUGACGGUACUCCACGAUGUUGCAGUUGUGAGCGAAUGGAGUCGCAAGAGGCAGGAUAUAUUGCUCUUAAGGAUGGCCGGAAGCUCUGUUUAGAGUGUCUGGAUUCUUCUAUCAUGGAUACAAAUGAAUGCCAACCCCUUUAUGCUGAUAUACAAAGAUUUUAUGAAAGCCUAAAUAUGAAACUGGACCAGCAAAUUCCACUACUAUUGGUUGAAAGACAAGCAUUGAAUGAAGCAAGAGAGGGAGAUAAGAAUGGACAUUAUCACAUGCCGGAAACCAGAGGGCUCUGCCUCUCAGAGGAGCUCACCACUUUCAGACGACCUAGAUUUGGGACAGGAAAUGGAGCAAUGGACAUGAGAGCACAGCAAUACAGGAUGACUCCACAUUGUGAUGUGACGGCUAUUCUCAUUUUAUAUGGUCUUCCAAGAUUGCUCACUGGAUCCAUCCUAGCCCAUGAGAUGAUGCAUGCCUGGCUUCGACUUAAAGGUUAUCGGACUCUAAGUCAAGAUGUUGAAGAAGGUAUCUGUCAGGUUUUGGCUCAUAUGUGGUUGGAGUCUGAACUUAGUUCUGCAUCAGGCAGCAACUUUGUAUCAGCUUCAUCCUCAUCUGCAUCACACACAUCUAAAAAGGGUAAAAGACCUCAGUUUGAGAGAAAGCUUGGGGAGUUCUUCAAACACCAGAUUGAAUCAGACAUUUCCCCUGUUUAUGGAGAUGGGUUUAGGGCAGGUCAAAAAGCAGUGCGUAAAUAUGGUCUACAAAGGACCCUUCACCACAUCAAGAUGACGGGGACUUUUCCAUAUUAAGUACAGAGAUACUCCAUUAACAGAUUGUUUUUCAUUCUUUCUUGAUAUAAAACCUGGCCUGUUAUUAGAAACCAAGGUCAAGGUGUGUUUUAGGCAUUAGUUUCAACGAGUUGAUGAUUUUUUGUACUUGUAAUUAUUGAUACUGUUGCGGUAUAUUGAUUACAUUCACAUUUUUUUAAUUUAUCACA